GGAGAGAGGAAUGAAGCAGGGGGGCCGUGUGUGAGGCUCGGUUAAGCUUGGCUGCAUUGUACCCACAAGCCUCCACCUCUCUGACCUCUGUGGCAAACAGGAGUGUUAGAAACGUUGUGUCAGUGAGCAGAGGCUUCAGUCGCAGCAGGGCUGCUGGGGGAGAGCCAGGAGAAUAGAGCAGGGCUGGGCUACUGCCUGUUUGUUGCCUUCUCUCCUGGGAGUUUGCAUUAAACACACGCGAUCCAACAAAGCAGCUAUGGCGUCAUUCAACCUGCAGCUGACGGAGGGAAACUCUGAAUGCUAAGAGAUGCCUUAACAUGGAGGAACCUCUGCAUAUGUUCUUUUCUGUGAUGAAUAAAGAGAUUUUUAACACUACUGCACAUGCAAUGAAGGUUGGAAAUGGAACAGUGUGUGAACUUAUUGAUCCAUCUGGUGAAGUGCACACAUCAGGGGGUGAUUCCAUGACAAAAGAUGUACACAUAUGUCCAGACCAUGCAAAGCCUACCACAGAAACUUUACACAGAAAAAUUCACAAUAUCUCUCCCCUUAUUUUAAUGUUUCCUCCUAAUGAGGCUGAUGGAAAUUAUAACACACCUUUUCAAUUUGAUAGACAAGCUCCUGCAAGGAUUUCUACUUCUCCUACCUUAAGACGGCUAAGAAAAAACACACCUGGGCAUUUUAUGCCAUUGCAAGACAUUUUUGAUGUUACCAAGUUCCCAACCUCAAAAGAGCAAUCUGCUUUAAAUAAUUUAGCUGGGCAUCUGUGGGACAGCCCACCAUGGAGUCCCCAAUGUACAGUCUCUAUAUCACCAUCUUCUUCUGAAAACCCAGAAGGGCUGUCUGUUUCUGAAAACGAUGGAGCUACUAUUACAAAAGGCCCAGAGGAAAGCAUGAAUGAUAAUUGCACAGAUGACACCCGAUUACACAGUCCAUUGUCAGCUGGUGACCAGCCAGUGGUGAAUCCAGAGAACAGUCAUAUUAUUGAACCCACUACAGAAAACUAUAAUGAUGAUGAUUCUAGCAACCAAAGCACCGAGAUUAAAGCAUUACAACACUCAAGGCUGCUUGAACGAAGACGCAGUUCUGUGGUAUUAAGCUUGCCUGGCCUAGAAGUGUUUCCUGGUGAUCUUUUGGUGUCUGAUGGAGCCUCUGAUUACAUGUAUCACUCUACAUGGCUUUCAAAUACAGAUUCCAAGAAACCAAAGUGGCCAUUUUCUAAGAAGGGAACUCUAACGAAAGGAAAGCAAAAGCAUAUGUCCGAUUUGGAAAACUGUCUGUCAAGUGUUAAGAUCCAAGACUUCACAGGAAAUGAACUGUACAUUCUUAAGGACAAAACAUGGCAUGAAGUUCUAAGUAUGUACACUGCAGAGAAAAUGGAGAGUCUUCAGAAAUCAAACAGAAGGCACCAGGAGUCUAUAUGGGAGCUUUUUACCUCUGAGUGCACUUACUACCUAGAUCAUUUGCUAGUUCUGAAAAAAGUAUUUUUUAAUGCACUACAGCAUUUGCAGAGCAAUGACCAUUUAUUAGAUGUGGACUUGGGGAGGCUAUUUGCCAACCUUGAGGAACUAUUGCAGGAGAGCCUUAAUUUUGCUACUGGCCUACUCAACACUAUCAAAAGCAGAGAGCUAGGAUGUUCAGCCUCAUCUCUCCCACUGGCAGGCCUGCUAACAAAGCAUUUCAAGGACAACCUCUGUCUCAGCCACCAGGUUUACUGCAUGAAUUAUACGUCGGCUGUCAUUUACCUGGAAAGCAUCAAGCAGCGAGACGACGUUGCCAUCUAUCUUAAAUGGUGUGAACAACACGAGCAGUGUAAACGGCUACGUCUCUCAGACCUGCUAGUGGCACCUUUACACCGACUCACUCGCUACCCACUACUCCUAAAGAAUAUCUGGAAGCGAAGCAGUGACGCCACUGAGAAAAUCGCCAUCUAUUCCACAAAAGAUAAAGUAGAGAGCUCACUGCGAGACCUUGAGGGGAAUGUAAAAUGGCUCGAUAAGUCUCAGAAAUACAAGCAGCUCCAAGAGGUUAUUGUAUGGCCAUCAUUAUGGGAGAGAGACAAAAGGUUUUUCAUUCACGAGGGCCUUAAACAUCAUUUCAAAGAAGCCAAUGUUGAAAGCAUGCUGUCUUCCCCAAACAGGGACCUUCUACAUGAAGGAAAGCUCAUCCUGACAGAAAGUACCAGACUUCUUGAUGUAUAUUUGUUUCUCUUUGAUGACUUUCUGCUCAUCACAAAGAUAAAGCGAAAUAAAAGGAAAUCUACAAAUCUGGAGAUUAACCAGUACCCAUCCCUCCACCCAGAGCUGCAGGGGGUGACCAAGGAAGGAGGCUACUGCAAAGUGCUAGACCAGCCUAUUCCUCUCGACAGAUUAAGUCUGAAAACUGUUGAUCAAUUCCAUAUCACAGUGUAUGGUAUGAAGAAUGCUUUUAUGAUCCAGCAUGAGAACAGAUACCAGCAAUGCAUAGCUGCCUUCAUCCUCCAAGCCCACACAGAAUCGGAGAAGAAAACAUGGAUGUCACAGAUAGAAACAGCUGUGUCUUGCUACACAGAAACCCACCAAUCGAAACGACUUUCAACCUUGUGGCAAACAUCAGAGUCAGCGGAAAUCUAGACUUUGCGCUUUCUACGCCUUGCACUUUUGUUUAGGUGUCCCUUUUUUAUUUGUUUUUUUUUCAGUGUACAGUAUUUGCAUUUUGUAUUUCUAACAAUGUUUCAUAGAGUUGAAGUGUAACUUAUAUUAUUUUAGCGUUUUCUGGUGUAAAAACCUUCCUAGUGUUUUGUAGAAAUAAAGACCACCGUCUGCUCCAAACAA